GAUCUCUGCAGCCAGCAUCGCGGCGGGCAGCCGGGCCAAGCGGCUCGGGCGUCUUCCUAUUUUAGACAUCUCGCUGCCUCGGUCCCUUCUAAUGUUUCCAGGCUGGCUGUGGGGGGAGGAGAAAGAGGUGACUGCUACUUUAAAUGUACUGUAUGAAGGCAAGGGCUGGAAAGGGGCCUGCCUGCCGCAGUACCCAGUCAUCUAGUUGGAAAAGCCGCCAGAUGGAAUACAAAAGGAGAAAUGCAGCCGCUCAUGGAGACAGCCUCGGUUCAUAAAUCAGGUGGGGCCGGGGGCUGGGGGCCCGCACGCCAUGGAGCCCGACUCCCUCGCCGACCAAGACGACUCCUGCGAGUCCCCCCAAGAAAGGCCAGGCUCCCGGCGCAGCCUGCCCGGCAGCCUCUCCGAGAAGAGCCCCAGCAUGGAGCCCUCAGCCGCUACCCCGUUCCGGGUCACGGGCUUCCUCAGCCGCCGCCUCAAGGGCUCCAUCAAGCGCACCAAGAGCCAGCCCAAGCUGGACCGCAACCACAGCUUCCGCCACAUCCUGCCGGGGUUCCGGAGCGCACCCGCCACCGCCGCCGCCUCCGCCGCGGACAAUGAGAGGUCCCAUCUGAUGCCCAGGCUGAAGGAGUCUCGCUCCCACGAGUCCCUGCUCAGCCCCAGCAGUGCGGUGGAGGCGCUGGACCUCAGCAUGGAGGAGGAGGUGGUGAUCAAGCCCGUGCACAGCAGCAUCCUAGGCCAGGACUACUGCUUUGAGGUGACCACAUCAUCAGGGAGCAAGUGCUUUUCCUGCCGGUCAGCAGCUGAGCGGGAUAAGUGGAUGGAGAACCUGAGGCGAGCAGUGCACCCUAACAAGGACAAUAGCCGGCGUGUGGAGCACGUGCUGAAGCUCUGGGUGAUCGAGGCCAAGGACCUGCCGGCCAAGAAGAAGUACCUGUGUGAGCUGUGCUUGGACGAUGUGCUCUACGCCCGGACCACAGGCAAGCUCAAGACGGACAAUGUCUUCUGGGGCGAGCACUUUGAGUUCCACAACCUGCCACCCCUGCGCACGGUCACUGUCCACUUGUACCGGGAGACCGACAAGAAGAAGAAGAAAGAACGCAACAGCUACCUGGGCCUGGUGAGCCUGCCCGCCGCCUCCGUGGCCGGGCGGCAGUUUGUGGAGAAAUGGUACCCCGUGGUGACACCCAACCCCAAGGGUGGCAAAGGACCUGGUCCCAUGAUCCGCAUCAAGGCCCGCUACCAGACCAUCACCAUCCUGCCCAUGGAGAUGUACAAGGAGUUUGCCGAGCAUAUCACCAACCACUACCUGGGGCUCUGCGCCGCCCUUGAGCCCAUCCUCAGCGCCAAGACCAAGGAGGAGAUGGCGUCCGCCCUGGUGCACAUCCUACAGAGUACGGGCAAAGUGAAGGACUUUCUGACGGACCUGAUGAUGUCAGAGGUGGACCGCUGUGGGGAUAAUGAGCACCUCAUCUUCCGGGAGAAUACGCUGGCUACCAAGGCCAUCGAGGAAUACCUCAAGCUAGUGGGCCAGAAGUACUUGCAGGAUGCCCUAGGUGAAUUCAUCAAAGCGCUGUAUGAAUCGGACGAGAACUGUGAAGUGGACCCAAGCAAGUGCUCGGCUGCUGACCUGCCUGAGCACCAGGGCAACCUCAAGAUGUGCUGCGAGCUGGCCUUCUGCAAGAUCAUCAACUCCUACUGCGUCUUUCCCCGGGAGCUGAAGGAGGUGUUCGCCUCCUGGCGGCAGGAGUGCAGCAGUCGCGGCCGGCCGGACAUCAGCGAGCGGCUCAUCAGUGCCUCCCUCUUCCUACGCUUCCUCUGCCCUGCCAUCAUGUCGCCCUCGCUCUUCAACCUGCUGCAGGAAUACCCUGAUGACCGCACAGCCCGCACCCUCACCCUCAUCGCCAAGGUUACCCAGAACCUGGCCAACUUUGCCAAGUUUGGCAGCAAGGAGGAGUACAUGUCCUUCAUGAACCAGUUCCUGGAGCACGAGUGGACCAACAUGCAGCGCUUCCUGCUGGAGAUCUCUAACCCCGAGACCAUCUCCAACACAGCCGGCUUCGAGGGCUACAUCGACCUGGGCCGCGAGCUCUCCAGUCUGCACUCACUGCUCUGGGAGGCCAUCAGCCAGCUGGAGCAGAGCAUUGUGGCCAAACUGGGCCCCCUACCUCGCAUCCUGAGGGAUGUUCACACGGCGCUGAGUGCCCCAGGCAGUGGGCAGCUCGUGGGGACCAACGACCUGGCUUCCACCCCGGGCUCUGGUAGUAGCAGCAUCUCGGCUGGACUGCAGAAGAUGGUGAUUGAGAACGAUCUCUCUGGUCUGAUAGAUUUCACCCGGUUACCGUCUCCAACCCCCGAAAACAAGGACUUGUUUUUUGUCACAAGGUCCUCCGGGGUCCAGCCCUCACCUGCCCGCAGCUCGAGCUACUCGGAAGCCAACGAGCCGGAUCUCCAGAUGGCCAAUGGCGGCAAGAGCCUGUCCAUGGUGGACCUCCAGGACGCCCGCACGCUGGAUGGGGAGGCAGGCUCUCCAGUGGGCCCAGAUGUCCUCCCCGCUGACGGACAGGUGCCCGCAACUCAGCUGGUGGCUGGGUGGCCAGCCCGAGCGACCCCCGUGAGCCUGGCAGGGCUGGCCACAGUGCGGCGGGCAGGCCAGACACCGACCACGCCGGGUACCUCCGAGGGCACACCAGGCCGGCCCCAGCUGUUGGCACCACUCUCCUUCCAGAACCCUGUGUACCAGAUGGCGGCCGGCCUGCCACUGUCGCCCCGUGGCCUUGGCGACUCCGGCUCCGAGGGCCACAGCUCCCUGAGCUCCCACAGCAACAGUGAGGAGCUGGCAGCCACUGCCAAGCUUGGGAGCUUCAGUGCCGCGGCGGAGGAGCUGGCGCGGCGGCCCGGCGAGCUGGCACGGCGGCAGAUGUCGCUGACUGAGAAGGGUGGGCAGCCCACAGUGCCCCGGCAGAACAGCGCCGGCCCCCAGCGGAGGAUUGACCAGCCACCACCGCCACCCCCACCACCGCCACCUGCCCCCCGGGGCCGGACGCCCCCUACGCUGCUGAGCACCCUGCAGUACCCACGACCCUCGAGCGGGAGCCUGGCAUCAGCCUCGCCUGAUUGGCCCAGCUCGGGUGCCCGGCUGCGGCAGCAGUCCUCCUCCUCCAAGGGGGACAGUCCGGAACUGAAGCCGCGGGCAGCGCACAAGCAGGGCCCUUCACCCGUGAGCCCCAAUGCCCUGGACCGCACGGCCGCUUGGCUCUUGACCAUGAACGCGCAGUUGUUAGAAGACGAGGGCCUUGGCCCAGACCCCCCCCACAGAGAUAGGCUAAGGAGUAAGGAGGAGCUCAGCCAAGCAGAAAAGGACCUGGCAGUGCUGCAAGACAAGCUGCGGAUCUCCACCAAGAAGCUGGAGGAGUAUGAGACCCUGUUCAAGUGCCAAGAGGAGACGACUCAGAAGCUGGUACUGGAGUACCAGGCUCGGCUGGAGGAGGGCGAGGAGCGGCUGCGCAGGCAGCAAGAGGACAAGGACAUCCAGAUGAAGGGCAUCAUCAGCAGGUUGAUGUCAGUGGAGGAGGAGCUGAAGAAGGACCACGCAGAGAUGCAGGCUGCAGUUGACUCCAAGCAGAAGAUCAUCGAUGCCCAGGAGAAGCGCAUCGCCUCCCUGGAUGCCGCCAACGCCCGCCUCAUGAGCGCCCUGACACAGCUGAAAGAGAGUAUGCAUUAGAAACAAAAGCCCGCUUGCUCGCUUGCUGGAACACAGGGGCCUUUUAAAUUGAGCGUGCGCACUGCAUGGGAAAUAGCAGCCCUGGCGGAUGUUAGACUUGCUCCCUCUCCAAGACAGCAGCGGCCUGCACCAGGCCCCGCGUGCGGCCGCCACCUCCUCACCCUCCUGGCCCCAGCCGAAGGCCCCGGCACUGCAGCCAGGGGAGGGGCACCCUCGGCUGGGGCCGGUUUUCCUCAGCUCCGGGCCAUUCUGUAGCUUAUCUGCCCCUUCCCCUUGCGGGACCUAGAUGGGCAGGAGCGUGGGUCUCUCCUGGGCCCUUCUUCCCUCCCCUAAGUUCAAAGGCCUGGCCUUGGGGUGUCUGCCUAGGCAGCAGAGCUGGGAGGCGCCUCCUAUGUCCCCCACCCCCAAGGAAGGGUGCAGGUGCCAGAGGUGUGGCCCAG